GAGGGGGAAAAAAUGGCUUAAGUGAGAACGAUAAACGAAGUAGUUACUGUCGCGCGCGUCCGGGCCCCGCCCCGCCCAUCCGAACAGUUCGGCUAUUCAUGAGCGUGACGUCAGAGACGGCGGCGCGCACACAUGGGAGGCGAGCCCGCUCGCACUCGAGCCGCUCAGAAGCAGCAGAAAUAGCUAGCGGUACGGCGGGAGUGCGCUCGCCGCUUUAACACGCACCGCUCGCUGCUGCUCGACCUCCGUUUAUCUGUUUUCAGCUUUAUUCCUACACUCUCCUUUCCUUUAUUUGGGCUGCUGGUUUAUCGUCUUCUUUUCUUUUCUUCUUUUUUUUUUUUGCAUUGCAUUGCACUUUCUGUUGCUUUUAUUUUAUUUUAUUUGUGUUUUUAUUUCUCGUUCCCGGAGGAUUAAAACCGUGUUGCUCGUGCACAGCGAUGGAGAAAAUGUCGCGGCCCGUCAACUCCGCUUUCCUGCCUCCGACCCACGGAGUGCUCAAAUCCCUCCUGGAGAACCCCAUGAAGCUGCCCUUCCACCACGACGAGGGUUUCAGUAAAGAGAAGGAGAAAGAGAAGAAGCUGGAGGAAGAUGGCACCGGAGCGAACGCACCUCAGUCUGCAUUUCUCGGCCCAACGCUUUGGGACAAAACUCUGCCGUAUGAUGGAGACAACUUCCAGCUGGAAUACAUGGACCUGGAGGAGUUCCUGUCUGAAAACGGCAUUCCUGCCAACCCACAGAGCGAGCAGAGCCAGAUUACCCAGCAGCCCCUACAGCAGAGCCCAACCCUGCCCUCACCGCCAUCUGUGGUUGACCUGAGCAACCGGGCCAGCACCUCAGUACACGCCGACAUGGUGGCACAGGGCUGCCUACAGAGUCCCAGCCGAGCAGGCCUCCCGUCGAACCGUAACACCCCGAGUCCGAUCGACCCCGAGUCCAUCCAGGUGCCGAUCAGUUACGAGCCCGACCCGGCCGACUUGGCUCUGUCCAGCGUUCCAGGUCAGGAGAUGUUCGACCCACGCAAGCGCAAGUUCACCGUUGAGGAGCUCAAACCUCAGCCCAUGAUAAAGAAAGCACGCAAAGUCUUUAUCCCCGAAGACAUGAAGGAUGAUAAGUACUGGGCACGACGUCGGAAGAACAACGUGGCAGCGAAGCGUUCUCGGGAUGCACGGCGCCUCAAAGAGAACCAGAUUGCCAUCCGAGCCGCCUUCCUGGAGAAAGAGAAUGCGGCGCUCCGGCAGGAAGUCGCCGAGCUGCGCAAGGAACUGGGACGCUGCCGGAAUAUUGUCGGCAAAUACGAGGCACGGCACGGCGCCCUGUGAACCCAGCCCUGACUUCUGACCCCUCCCAAAGCUCCUCCCCCCAUCACCACCACCACCGCCACCACCGCCACCACCAACUAUUCCAAGGACUUCUGUGUGCCACGAUUAGCGCACUCACCUCCACCCGUCUCUCUCUCUCUCUCUCUCUCUCUCUGUGUCCAUGUUUAGCAGACGGGCAUUAGCGCUUAUUAGCGCUUGCUCUCUGUCACAUUUAUUCUUUCUUUUCUUUUUGCACUCCUGAUUCUUAUGGGAAAGUGGUGCUGUAUGCUUGCGUUUUUUUCUCUCUCUCUCUCUCUCUAACAUUUCCGUCUGGUCUUGCUUCUUUCGCUUCACAUCGUGCUAACACACACCAGCGUCUUUUUAUCUUCAUUUUCAUGCAUCGUCCACUCAGAGAGCAAUAACUCCAACACAUUUCGGGAAAAGAACCAAGAAAGCAGUGCUAGCCGUGCGUGUGUGUGUAUGUGUGUGUGUGUGUGUGUGUGUGUGUGUGUGUGUGUGUGAAAUAGAUUUAUAAACCAUGCAUUCAAACUAGCUAGCAACAAAGCAAAUUUCCCGUGGAAGUUCGUGAGUUGCGAUUACGACGACAAUCAACAAAGUUACGAUUUUAGUCAUUUAAUAAAAAUUAGCCAUGUAAUUUCACUUCCUGUCUGUGUUCGGUUGCUAUGACGCUUAUUUUAACGCUGUAUUCAUUACAAACGGCUUAGCUAAUCAUUAGCAAGGCUAGGGUAUUGCUUAUUGUUUAAUACCAUACAAAUUAAAACCUUACAGCUAAAAUUCUUUUAUCUAAACAUCAUUUAAAAAAUCUUGCAGCUAUGCCAUUGCUAGCCAGAUGGCUAUAUACAGAGCUGUUAGCUAGCUAGCUAUUUAUAUUUUCAUAACAGAAUAAAUGUUUUCAACAUACUAGCCAGUUUAGCUAGUUAACUUAGCUAGUCCAGUGAAAACCCACCGUUGUGUUGUGUUCUAAAUUAUUUGUAGCUGUUUAUUUUAGCUAACAACCUCAUGGUUACGCUAGCUUUGGCAAACACUUAUAGAAGAUAUUAAUAUAAAAGUUAUAAACAGUGUUUCCAGAGCAGAUAAAGUGCAAACAAGGCUAGCUAGCAUUACUUUUGCUAAAUAAAGGCAGUGGAAUAUAUGCUUCAUGUUUAUAUAGAAGCCUCCUCUCAGAGCACACAGCUAAUUUGCUAACGAAUGCACAUGUGACCUCGUGCUCACCUCUCUUCCUCCCUGUCUGUCUCUCUGUCUCUCCCUUUGUGUGUCUCUGCUAACAACCUGCACUAAAGCGUCUUUCACAAUCCGAUCUGGGUGCGAGUCUACCUUCUAUAACAAAAAUCCGAUCUAUUUAUGGACUGUUUUGGUUUUUUAUUUGGGAUCUGAGAACUACUUUGCAGCUAUUAAUUAUUACUAUUAUUAUAUUACUGUUAUUGUUCUUGUAAUUAUCCUGAUCUGCUUUUAUUUCAAUGCAUGGACCUGAAGCUACUGUCUUCGCUGGAGUAUAAAAAAAAGCCAUUUUUAGGAACUUAUACGUUAUUCUUUCAGCGUUAGCCAACAUUUAGAAGAGAUACAGGGAUCGGAACCAGACCGCUCAGUGACUGGCAUGUGAGAUGCCAUGAAUUGGCUAAACUAGCGAUUUAAGCUAGCUUGCUGUUCAAUCUCGCAAGACUAUGAAAGAGUAAUAUAACAAAGAUGGACUGCUAUCCAAACAAUUCUCACAUAAAUAAUCUACUAGCUCACUAAUACCUAAGCUAGUAAUAAUCAAGGCAGUAGCGUAUUCGCGUAUAACUACAAUCAUAGAUACGUGCUAAUGCGCUGACAGAUGUUGUAGAGACUUAUACUCUGGAAAAAUACAGUACUUUUAUUUCUCACCACCACCACACAAAACAGUUUAUUAUUAUCUUUAAUUUAAUGCUCUCAGUUUUCUGUAGGGUGUUUUUGUUUCCUGUACAGACAUGUCUUCUCUCGUAGCUUUACCUCAGCCCUCUCGAUAUCUUUCUCAGAUCGUUGUGCUGAAUGUACCGAAUGUAUGCUGUGUCAUUCGGUUUAUUUUCAUUUUGUUUGUUGUCGUGUUGUUUUUUUUCUGUUAAAGAGAUGGCUGGAUGAAGUUGUCUGUGAUUAGCAUGGCUAACGCAAUCAGUUUGUUUACUACAGACCAAAACGUGUGGCGCACACACACACACACACACACACACACACACACACACACACACACA